GUCGUCGUGAGUCGUGGUAUAGUGAUCAUAUACAGUCGUCUGUAACAUAAUAGUAGACGUUGUCAUCUUGCGAGUUGCGAAUCGCGCAAAAUUGCGCGAGAGGCGUGAUGCGCAAAAAGUGUAAUCGAUGUGAUGUUUUGCGAGGGAUAUAACGAGGUGGGUGAAUGCCGAUACAGGCACCACAGUGGACUGAAUUCUUGUCGUGUCCAAUCUGUUGCCAUGACUUUGAUGUGGCUAUACGAGGUCCCAUAUCACUUGGCUGUGGUCACACCAUAUGUCGUGCUUGCUUGGCCAAUUUACAUCGCAAGCAAUGUCCUUUCGAUCAGAGCAUUAUCAACACUGACAUCGAAAAAUUACCUGUAAAUGAGGCACUAUUACAAUUACUAGGCAAUCCAAUUCCCAUCGUUGCUUCAACAUCUGCAUCGAAUCAACAGCAGAAUUAUCAGAAGCUUCUGCCACCCGACCAACAUGUUAAUUACCUGAGAGCUAAGAAUUGUAUUGAAGAACUUGCUCUUUAUCUUAAACCAUGUCAAAUUAGUAAUACUGCAGGUAUCGGAAGCGGAGGUGGAGGACUGGUAUCACGACCCAUGCAACGCAAAUUGGUGACGUUAUUAGGUUGUCAAUUAGUCGAACCAGAAGGUAGAGCACGUGCAUUGCGUGCUGCUCGUAGUCUUGGUGAGCGCACCGUCACGGAGCUUAUACUACAGCACCAGAAUCCUCAACAACUCAGCGCUAAUCUUUGGGCGGCCGUGCGUGCUCGUGGUUGUCAAUUUCUUGGACCAGCGAUGCAAGAGGAAGUUCUCAAACUUGUGCUAUUGGCUUUGGAGGAUGGCUCUGCUCUAUCGCGUAAGGUAUUGGUGAUGUUUGUAGUACAACGUCUGGAACCACAUUUUCCUCAAGCUAGUAAGACUAGCAUUGGACAUGUGGUGCAGCUUCUAUAUCGAGCGAGUUGUUUUAAGGUAUCAAAGCGCGAGGGUGACUCAUCUCUAAUGCAAUUAAAGGAAGAGUUCCGUACUUAUGAAGCUCUUAGACGGGAGCAUGAUGCACAGAUUGUACAGAUAGCCACCGAGGCAGGCUUGCGUAUUGCGCCUGAUCAAUGGUCAGCGUUGCUCUAUGGCGAUACUGCUCAUAAGUCUCACAUGCAAAGCAUCAUUGAUAAAUUGCAGACACCACAAUCGUUCGCCCAGAGUGUCCAGGAGCUUGUGAUAGCGUUGCAACGUACACCAGAUCCUGGACAACUGAGCGGUCUCAGGCCACAGUUGGAAUUAUUAGCUGCCAUCGAUCCUAAUCCAGAGACAGAGCCACCAAGUUUGGCCGAAUGUCGAGUGGCUUUAGAAGCCGUAAGAAUAGUAGUGGCUACGUUAGUGGACUUUGUUCGACAACAUGGAAGCAAUGGCACGUGCGGUAACAAUCGGAAAUCAGUGGCGCAAGAUAGUGGAGGUAGCGGUCCCAUCGGGAGCUCGUGUCCAGGUUCAGUGACCAGCAAAUACAAAGUCAGCAUGUGCAGAGAUUUAGCCCUGCGCGGCACUUGCCCACGAUCCAACAAUUGUACCUUUGCUCACAGCGACACCGAGCUUGAUAAGUACAGAUCAAAAAAUCGUAAAUUGAGUGUCAGAACAAAUUCAAAUCAGACGGAAUCGAAGGGUGAGAAGAAUAACAAGAUUUUCAAUAAGCAAAACGGUGAUUUAACGACUUACCAUCCCAUAAAAGCACACGACAGGGAUACAGUGGUGCAACAUUCAACGCCUGUCCCGACCAACUUGGAAAAUAAUUUGAUUGACUCAUUGACAUCGACCUACGUUUUGCCGCUUACAUCCCCCCAAAACUUGUCGCAUCUUAGUCUGUGCUCUGUAAAAGGAGGAACUAUGUUGGAUAGUGGAGGAUCUCCUGGUGUCCAUUGCUCUGGACAUUACAUAAUGCCACCAGGAUCUGUUCCCACAGUCGAUUAUGGACCUUCCUUGACAACUACGACAAACCUCGGAGUGUGGGAUACCCCACAAAUUGUACCAGCAAAUCAACGAACGGCAAUGGGAAAAACUAUGUUGGCGAUGUUAUUGCAACGCAAAAUGGAGAUCUUAAAUCAGUUGGAAAUAAUUGUUGGCAAACAGCAGCAACAACAACUAAUAUCACCGCAAAUAAAAACGAAUUACGAUCUUCAGCAAGAGAGUGAUUUAUUGUCUGCACCCAACAAUUACUCGAUAUGGACCGCUGCGAAUAACUUUCGCUGUACAUCCGGGACGGAUCCACCGCCACCACCACCUUCGUCUGCUACCACUUCGCAUCUACUCGAUGAUGACAGUCCCUUUAUGUCUCCAUUAGACGUAUCUCCGGCAACCUCUUUGCCAUCAGUUAGCAAACAAGCACCCAUCUCAAGACUGUCUAAAACUUUGAUAAGGUCUCCCUACAACGGAACUCUGCAACAUCUCUAUAACGAGGAGGUCGAUCCUACUCCUAUCCCCACACUGUCUACUGCAUUCAGAACUCCAAACUCUGUAACCUCUUGGUAUUAUGGCAGUCAACCAUAUGCAACAGUUGGUGUGAAUGGAAUACAGUCAAUGACGCCAACGAGCCCUGGUAGUGGUGAUGGUGACAGCGAUUUCACCAGUGAUAAUUACGUCGCACUUGGCCGCAAUAUUAUUGCACCAGAAUCACUAUCACAAUUCUCGAGAUCGGAGUGUAUGUCAAAAGAUUUAAUUUUGGAAUCACAGAAAGUAAAGCAGCAACUCAGACAUCUUGAAAAGAAAAUCAAUGACUUAAAGUUGGCUACGCAAGGAGCUACUACUUUCGUCACAGCAGGCGAACGAUUGACGCAAGAAUUGCGAAUGAUCGAGGCGGGUAUCAGAGAAAGGGAGAGAGAUGUACGAAAUUGGAGCAAUCCAUACGGUGGUAGUACUGGUACUACCACUAUUCCUUGGAUUCAGCAGUCCACUAAUGAUUGGCUAUCAAAUCAAGAAUAUAAUACGGAUUACAAAACUGAGGAGGAAGAUACAUACGAGGCUGGGAUAGCAAAUGAUAUGCGCGAGCUAGAACUGCGAUGGGAAUUUGAGCUGCGCGAGCAGGAAAAACAUUGGUCCAGUGGAGGUGAGAAGGAUCCCAUCACCACCACUACCUCCAUGAAUAAAUAAUAGGAUAUCUCUCCCUUCUUUUUCCCUCUUUAGCUCUGUUUUCCUUUCUCGUUCAUCUUUCGGGAAACAUGUAUUUUUACAUGUCAAAAUCAAUCUUCGAUUCUAUCUUUUUUAAUUAAUAUUAAUCGAGGAUAGUAAAAUUCCUUUAAUUCAUGGUCAGAAAAUAUAUAUAGUAAUCGCAGACGUGCGGACCUAAAUCUUGAACAUUUUUCACGUUGAUAAUAUCACGCGAUGAAAAAUUGUACGAUUUUAAUUCUAAAUAAUAAUUUAUCAAUGGCAUUGAGUUGUCGACUGUUGAAAUUAAGCAACAAUUUUACUACUUGGGGUAGAUGAUGAUUAUGAUUACGUAAACUUCGUGAAAAAUGUCAGACUUGAAAUAAUUCGUAUCUUUUACGUAAUUAAUUUCCAAAUUAGCAAUCUUCUCGAUUGAUCUCUUGAACUAUCCUGUUGUCUCUUUUUAAUUUAAAAAAGAGAUAAAUGAUACUGUAAAAUUUUUAUGAAAGAGAUAUAUUUAUUUUUACGGGAUUUGUUAAAAUUUAGCUUAAUACGCAGUCAGUGUUUUAUAAACAAUGACUUCGCGAAAUAUGUGGGCGCGAGGAAUGUAUUAAUUAACAUAUUUAAUUAUAUGCAGAUUUCGUAUACUCUACUGAUGAUACGAUAUCAUAUAUACAUAUAAUGAAUACACACAUUCGAAAAGAAUGCUGAUCGCGCUUGACCUGAUCGAUAAGGUUAGACUCUGAUGAUAAUAACAACACGUUAUUACAUUAUAUGCUUAUACAUAUAUUGUAGAUACAUGUGCUAAAGAAGAAAUCGCGUUCCUUUUGAAGGACGCUAUAUUUAUAGAAUUUCUAUAUUCCGAAGAUGGAAAGGAAAACGAAACUGCUACCUCGGCUUGACGAUGGUAUCCUUUAUAGUAUCUUGUAUUUCACAAAAUUUGUUUUCGAAAGAUAAUCAAAAUCUUCUUUUCAAAAAUUAAUUCUGAUCUUGUGCCGAAAGCGCAUGAAAAGAAACGUCAUGCUUAUGUUUAAUUAAUACAAUUCGAUGUUUAAUAAAUUAUUGUAAUAAAAUUAAUCUAUAUUAAAUUUUCGUGUUGCGCAUAAACGUUGUUAUGUUACAUGCAAUAAUACGUAACGUAAUAACUCUUAUAUUGAUUAUUAAGAUUAACAUCAAUUUUAUUAAUUACAUGUAUCACCAAAAUUCUGUUAAGAAUUUAUAUCGCGAAAAAAAGUGGAGAUGCGACUUUUGAGGGCCGUCUCGAGAGAGGAAAGUCUAGUUAUCCUUUUUAGAAACUCGUUGCAAUAGCAAUUUGAAAUCGACUCUUUUUUUUUUCUAUUUUUACGGAAUAGCAAAGAGCGAUGAAAAUAAUUCCAGUUUUAGUGGAAGCAAGAUUUUUUUUUUAUAGACGGGAUCUCGUCGAUUCCAUUUUAUAAAUCCUCAGGAGGACAUACACACAUACAUUAUACAUACGAACAAAUUUCUUUUUUCAAUUUGACACGCGCGCGCGCGUGCGCAUACGCACAUGCACGAGGAGUGAGAGGGGGGAGGGGCGGGGGCAUAAUUGUGCGUGCGUGCGUGCGUACGUGCGUGC